AUCCACCACCAGUCGAGAAAGAAAGAGAUCAGAGAAAGAGUAAAUAAAAUAUGGGGAAGUUCGUGAGAAGGGGUUGGGUGGUGGCGUGUGUGAUGGUGUUAUUGAUGUCGACGCAAGUGUUGGGAAGAUUGUCAGGUACUGGUCAUGGUAGUGGCAAAAGCCGACGUCAUAAACAUGGAGGAGGAAGUGUUGGUGUUGGUGCAGGUGCCGGAGGUGGUGCUAGCGGUGGCAUUGGAGUCGGAGGCAGAGUAGGUGGAGGAGGAGGUGUUGGCGGAGGUGCAGGUGGUGGUGUUGGAGCCGGGGGAGGAAUUGGUGGUGGAGCAGGCGGUGCCAUUGGAGGUGGUGCAGGAGGAGGAGCUGGUGGAGGUGGCAAUGUUGGUGGCGGUGGAAAAGGCUGUGGCGGUAAAGGUGGUGGUAAAGGUGGUGGAGCCGGAGGAGGAGUUGGUGUUGGUGGCGGAAUUGGAGGAGGUGUAGGUGGUGGAGUCGGAGGAGGUGCUGGCGGUAGUGGGAGUGGAGGUGGUAGUGUUGGUGGAGGAAGACGUGGCAGUGGUGAAACUGGUGGGGGCGUAGGAGCUGGAGGAGGAGCUGGUGGAAGCGUAGGAGCCGGAGGAGGAGGUGUAGGAGUUGGUGGUGGAGGAGGUAUAGGCGGUGGUGUAGGAGGUGGAGUCGGUGGUGCUAUUGGAGGUGGAGGUAGUGCUGGUGGUGUUGUUGGAGGGGGUGCUGGAGGAGGUGUCGGAGGUGGAGUUGGCGGUGGAGGUAGUGGUGGAGCUAGAGCUGGAGGAGGAGCUGGUGGUAGUGUUGGAGCCGGAGGAGGUGUAGGAGUUGGUGGUGGAGGAGGUGGAGUCGGUGGUGCUGCUGGAGGUGGAGUCGGUGGUGCUGCUGGAGGUGGAGGUAGUGCUGGUGGUGCUGUUGGAGGGGGUGCCGGAGGAGGUACCGGAGGUGGAGUUGGCGGUGGAGGUAGUGGUGGAGCUAGAGCUGGAGGAGGAGCUGGUGGCGGAGCUGGAGCCGGAGGAGGAGCUGGUGGUAGUGUUGGAGCCGGAGGAGGUGUAGGAGUUGGUGGUGGAGGAGGUAUAGGCGGUGGUGUAGGAGGUGGAGUCGGUGGUGCUGUUGGAGGUGGAGGUAGUGCUGGUAGUGCUGGUGGUGUUGUUGGAGGGGGUGCUGGAGGAGGUGCCGGAGGUGGAGUUGGCGGUGGAGGUAGUGGUGGAGCUAGAGCUGGAGGAGGAGCUGGUGGUAGUGUUGGAGCCGGAGGAGGUGUAGGAGUUGGUGGUGGAGGAGGUAUAGGCGGUGGUGUAGGAGGUGGAGUCGGUGGUGCUGCUGGAGGUGGAGUCGGUGGUGCUGCUGGAGGUGGAGGUAGUGCUGGUGGUGUUGUUGGAGGGGGUGCUGGAGGAAGUGCCGGAGGUGGAGUUAGUGGUGGAGGUAGUGGUGGAGCUAGAGCUGGAGGAGGAGCUGGUGGUAGUGUUGGAGCCGGAGGAGGUGUAGGAGUUGGUGGUGGAGGAGGUAUAGGCGGUGGUGUAGGAGGUGGAGUCGGUGGUGCUAUUGGAGGUGGAGGUAGUGCUGGUGGUGUUGUUGGAGGGGGUGCUGGAGGAAGUGCCGGAGGUGGAGUUAGUGGUGGAGGUAGUGGUGGAGCUAGAGCUGGAGGAGGAGCUGGUGGUAGUGUUGGAGCCGGAGGAGGUGUAGGAGUUGGUGGUGGAGGAGGUGGAGUCGGUGGUGCUGCUGGAGGUGGAGUCGGUGGUGCUGCUGGAGGUGGAGGUAGUGCUGGUGGUGCUGUUGGAGGGGGUGCCGGAGGAGGUGCCGGAGGUGGAGUUGGCGGUGGAGGUAGUGGUGGAGCUAGAGCUGGAGGAGGAGCUGGUGGCGGAGCUGGAGCCGGAGGAGGAGCUGGUGGUAGUGUUGGAGCCGGAGGAGGUGUAGGAGUUGGUGGUGGAGGAGGUAUAGGCGGUGGUGUAGGAGGUGGAGUCGGUGGUGCUGUUGGAGGUGGAGGUAGUGCUGGUAGUGCUGGUGGUGUUGUUGGAGGGGGUGCUGGAGGAGGUGCCGGAGGUGGAGUUGGCGGUGGAGGUAGUGGUGGAGCUAGAGCUGGAGGAGGAGCUGGUGGUAGUGUUGGAGCCGGAGGAGGUGUAGGAGUUGGUGGUGGAGGAGGUAUAGGCGGUGGUGUAGGAGGUGGAGUCGGUGGUGCUGCUGGAGGUGGAGUCGGUGGUGCUGCUGGAGGUGGAGGUAGUGCUGGUGGUGCUGGAGGAGGGGCCGGAGGUGGAGUUGGCGGUGGAGGUAGUGGUGGAGCUAGAGCUGGAGGAGGAGCUGGAGCCGGAGGAGGAGCUGGUGGUAGUGUUGGAGCCGGAGGAGGUGUAGGAGUUGGUGGUGGAGGAGGUAUAGGCGGUGGUGUAGGAGGUGGAGUCGGUGGUGCUGUUGGAGGUGGAGGUAGUGCUGGUGGUGCUAUUGGAGGGGGUGCUAGAGGUGGAGUUGGUGGUGGAGGUAGUGGUGGAGCUAGAGCUGGAGGAGGAGCUGGUGGCGGAGCUGGAGCCGGAGGAGGAGCUGGUGGUAAUGUUGGAGCCGGAGGAGGUGUAGGAGUUGGUGGUGGAGGAGGUAUAGGCGGUGGUGUAGGAGGUGGAGUCGGUGGUGCUGCUGGAGGUGGAGGUAGUGCUGGUGGUGCUGUUGGAGGGGGUGCUGGAGGAGGUGCCGGAGGUGGAGUUGGCGGUGGAGGCGGUGGUGUUGGUGGUGUUAUUGGAGGUGGUCUCGGAGGAGGUGUUGGUGGCGCUGUUGGAGGUGGUGGAGUUGGUUUAGGUGGUGGGGGCGGUCUUGUUGGUGGUGGAGGAGGAGGACUUGGUGGCGGUGGUGGAGGAGGACUUGGCGGUGGUGUUGGAGGUGGAGCAAAUGUUGGUGUAGGAGUUGGAGCCGGAGGCGGUGCAGGAGGAGGAGCUGGUGGUGGCGGUAGCGUUGGAAACCGACGGCACUAAAUCAAAAACGGCAGUGACCGUUAACAAUUUAGUACUCCAUGCACGUUACCUCUUUACUAGCUUGCAUGCACGCUCGUUGUUAUCACUUUUAUCAUAUUCUCCUUGUACUAAUAUAUAGUAAUGAAUAAAACUCUUUCCA